CGAGUAAUGGGACGCCAAUUCCUUUGCACCAGCGUGCUGUGGACCCCAUCUUGGUUUGGCAGCUGAAGAGAAAUCCGAAUUAGAGUUCGGAUCAUCUUCUGGCAUUGAAUUAUGGAUAACUUCGGCCUGUGUUCUCUGCUCAGCCAUCUCGUAACGUUUAACCCUCGUAUGAUUCAAGUCACGCAGAGAAUGCAUGAGAAGAUGUUCGGAGAACGUUCUCCACUUUUACGGAAUUCAAGGUUGUUGAGGACAUGUUUUAAAACGAAGUUUGCAGUCGCAUUUUCAUCUUACAAACCAUUGUUACCCAAGUCAAAUAAAGGGAUUCGCGAGUCUAAGUACUUUGUGGAUUACAAGGAGGUAGAGGUUUAUGGGGGAGAUGGUGGGGAUGGUUGUAUGUCAUUUAUGAAGAUUCCCCGAGUUGAGUUUGCUGGACCAGAUGGAGGGGACGGUGGAAACGGGGGCCAUGUUAUUUUCAUAGCAUCUAACAUGAAGAAAUCUCUGAAUCAUUUGGAUUCUCCUGUCAAAGGAAUCCGGGGAGUUGAUGGUGGUCCACAAAACUGUCAUGGAGCUACUAUGGACCACACAUACAUCCAAGUUCCAAUGGGAACAGUGAUAAACUCAAUCAAUGGUCAGGAACUUGCGAACCUGGAAUGUGACGGUGACUACUACGUAGCAGGGAGGGGAGGGGCAGGAGGGAGGGGCAACAAGUUUUACCUGUCCAAUGAAAACAGAGGGCCUUCAGUGGCAGAAAAAGGGGCAAAGGGAGAGCACCAACGAUUGAGGGUCGAAUUAAGGACGAUGGCCAAUGUUGGAUUAAUAGGAUUUCCUAAUGCUGGCAAAUCUACCCUGUUGAGAGCAAUUACAAAUGCUAAACCUAAAGUUGCUGCCUAUCCUUUUACCACUCGCAACCCUUUUGUGGGGAUAAUGGAAUUUUCUGAUCACAAGCAGAUGACUGUUGCGGAUAUUCCUGGUCUGAUCACGGGAGCCCAUAAAAACCUGGGUCUGGGGUUUUCCUUCCUCCAGCACAUACAGAGGUGUACGUGUCUCCUGUACGUGAUAGAUCUCUCCUACACGGAGCCCUGGACUCAGUACAAGGCCCUACAGUAUGAACUGGAGCAGUACCAACAGGGUCUCUCCACACGGCCAUGUCUAAUCGUGGCAAACAAAAUAGAUCUGAGUGUGGCAGAGAAAAACUUGGAGGUGUUGAAAGCGCAUGUGGACUUGCCGGUGUUGGCUGUUUCAGCAGCCAAAAGAAUCGGACUGGAGGAGUUAAUGAUAGAAAUCAGAGAGCUGUAUGAAAGAUAUGAGGUGGACUCAACUAAGACUGAUGCAGAGAAUAAAGCAUCUUGAUUUCAAAAGUUCUAUAAGUUCAAAGACAAUAGUAACCAAGAUGAAGAUUUUCCAUCUGAAUAUGGGUGAAUUGUCAUAUUGAUUUUUUUUAGUAUGGAUGAGUUUUCUGUGUGAUGUGAACAAUAUUUGCUGGAUGUGCUCUUAUAUAUGUUUAUGCAAGUUUUUAUAUGACAGAUGUUUUCUGCAAUGUUUUCUGUUGUCCAUUGUUUUAUUGUUUAUUGCCAAUCUGCCUUGAGGCAGUUUGUAAAUGCAUUUUGAUUUUUACUGGGUAUAGUAAUAAAUAUAAUUAAAUUAACCAUGGACAAACGUUCCAGCUCUAAAAAGUUGAAAAAUCUUGCCAAACUUGACAAGU